AUGUUUAGUUAUAUUACAAGAUUUUUCUUUAAAACAAUGGAAAUCCCAAGCAAAUUAAGCACGAUUAAACAUAUUUCUCAAAUACGUCACUAUACUUUAACUAAAUCAGCAACCAAUUACAAAAUCGUAAUGGUCAGACAUGGUGAAAGUGAUUGGAAUAGAAAAAAUCUGUUCUGUGGUUGGUUCGACUCUGAACUGAGUCCAAAGGGCGCGGAAGAGGCCGCUACCGCGGGUAAGACGCUGAAACGAGGCAAUUACGAAUUUGACGUGGCUUACACUUCCGUUUUGAAGAGGGCCCAAGAUACUUUGUGCAUAAUUCUAAACGAACUCGAACAGACCGAUGUUCCGGUGCACACGUCUUGGCGUUUAAAUGAACGGCAUUACGGAAGUCUCACGGGUCUCAACAAGUCCGAGACGGCGGCCAAGUACGGCGAAGAACAGGUCAAGGUGUGGAGGCGCAGUUUCGACACACCCCCGCCCUCCAUGCACGCUGAUCACCCUUACUACGAUCGGAUCGUGAACGACUCUCGAUACGCGGACGGACCGUGCGUGGGCCGCAAUUUCCCGAUGUUCGAGUCGUUGAAGUUGACCAUCGAAAGAACUCUGCCGUACUGGGACCACGUCAUCGUACCUCAGAUGAGACUAGGGAAACGUGUCGUAAUAGUCGCCCACGGCAACAGCCUCAGGGGCAUAGUGAAAUAUUUGGACAAUAUUACGGACGAGACGAUUAUGAACCUGAACUUACCGACGGGCAUACCGUUCGAGUACACGCUUGACGAAAACUUCAAACCGCUAGUUUCGAUGAAGUUCUUGGGUGACGAAGAGACAGUGAAAAAAGCUAUGGAUGCUAUUGCUGCUCAGGGCAAAACGAAAUAGUCGAUAA